CUCUCAGCCAACACGCUGAGGUCCAUGCUGCAGGAGAUGGAUGGCAGUAUCAUGAACAAGGAGAACUUCAUCCAAGAGCAGCGAGGCAAGAUGGGGGAGAAGGACAAGUUCAUUCAGGACCAGAAGAGUGAGAUCGACCGCCUGGAGAAGAAGUCCAAGAUGCUGGAGUACAAGAUUGACAUCCUGCAGAAGACGACCAACAUCUACGAGGAGGACAAGCGCUCGCUGCAGCACGAGUUGGACACGCGCGACCACCGGCUGCAGAGGGAGGUGUCCGAGAAGAAGCGCAUGGAGGCCCGCAUGCAGGGGGUGGUCUACGACGCCAGGCACCAGUGGGAGAAGGAAUGCGAGAGGCGUGUGAAUGCCAAGCAGCUGGAGAUGCAGAAUAAGCUGUGGGUGAAGGACGAGAAGCUGAAGCAGCUGAAGGCCAUAGUCACCGAGUGCAAGACUGAGACCCCCGCGCGGCCGGAGAAACCGCUGCGCCCCUCGCGAGAGAAGGACCGCGUCCCCGCCAAGCGCUCGGCCUCCCCGUCCCCCGUACCUACGGGCCCCCCAGUCCGAGCCCACCGGCGGUCCCACUCGGCCGGAGGAGAGCGCUGGGUGGACCACAAGCCCGCCACCAACGUGGAGCUGGACACGCUGAUGCAGCCCAACCUCCACAACGCCAUCAAGGUCACCACCCCCAGCGAGAAGGCCCUGUCCAAGUGUGACAAGUACGUGCUCACGCACCAGGAGGUGGCCUCCGAUGGCGAGAUCCAGACCAAACUCAUCAAGGGGGAGGUGUUCAAGACCAGAGCGGGCGGUCAGUCUGUGCAGUUCACAGACAUCGAGACUCUGAAGCAGGAGGAUGCCUCGGCCCCCAGCCGUAAGAGGCGCUCCUCUGAGACCCGUGCUGCCCAUGGCGACGAGAACGCGGAGGGCGGCUGGACCGAUGUGGAGAACAGGUGCUCUGUUGCCGUAGAGAUGAGGGCCGGCUCCAACCUGGGACCAGGCUAUCAGCACCACGGUUACCAGAAGCGGAGGAGACCCUAGACGAGCCGCUGGGACUCUGCACAUCAUCAACAUGUUAGUUCUUCCCUGAAGCCUCACGCUGGUUGUGCAAUAGCAGAUUCACUUUAUACUAUUUAUCUUUUUAAAUCUGUAUAUAGACCAAUUCACCAAAGUCUGUGUUGGAGCGCAUUUUAGAAAGAAGUAGAUUGAUAUGUUGUAGUUCUAGUUGUUCAUACCUUCACUGGUAUUCUGAGAGGCUCUGUUUUGUUUUUUUUCAUUGCAUAACUAUAAGAAUCAGUGCGUCUUCAAAUGCAGGUUGGAUAUAUAUUCUUGUACGUAAGCAGAUGCCUUUCUGAAAGGGCAUUCGUUUUCACAUUGACCUUUUGUACUGUUUUUUUUUUUUUUAUUAUUAUUAAUUUUUCUACACUUUAUAAAAAAAAAAAAACGCUUAACCGUAAAACUGAGCUGUGCAUCUUCCUCUGUACACCUCUUGGCCUGUUAAUAAAUUCCUUAUGCAGACAUGUAUUACGCUCUCGGGAUUUCUUACUCUUGCAGGACACAUUUGAUUGUGAUUGUGUUUUGCAUUUAACCAACACAGUCCCCCUUGCAUCAGGAAAUGUAUUAGCUAAUUAUUGUUUCUACUAUUUAUUUCAUUUAAUUUGUAUCCUGUUUGACGUUGACAUGUUUUACGACUUCCAACUUGGUAGGAUCUGCGCACUUGUAGUGCUACGGUUUCACCAGUAGAUGGCAGAAGUAGAUCAUGGAGGAUGUGUGGUUGUUAAAAGCAGGUCUGACUUGAAUAGUACUUGUCAUGCCACAGGCACUGUGUGGUUCUUAGGUGUAAUUGUGAACAUAAGGGCUGGCAAAUGUGCUGAUUAAUUUUGAUAAAGAUUGGAUCCCUGCUGUCAUUUAAAGAGGUGUUUGUCUUUGAAAGCAAACUCAAUUAAGCUGAUUAAGUAUCCACAAAAAUCUUUAAUAAAAACUUUUUGCAAAACUUA